GCGCAUGCGCAGGAGCAGUAAGAGGAAGCGAGCUGAUAAACGCAUUGAACCCGUCUGUUCAGUUGUAAUAUUACAAUGGCACAGUGAACUAUCGUAAACCGAGCCGAUAUCAGCCCUGAACUGUGCAUGUGUGUAUGAUGGCGUGGGGAGUGUGUAGCAGGGCUCUGGUGUGGAUUAUAUCCGCGCUCGUGUGCUGGAGUCUGAUGGGCUCCUGCAUCAGCAGCACGGUGUCUGUGCCCGAGAGUCUGCUCUUCGUGUCCACGCUGGACGGGAACCUUCACGCCGUCAGCAAGAGAUCGGGAAGCAUCAAAUGGACCCUGAAAGAAGAUCCUGUUUUGCAAGUCCCGACGCACGUGUCAGAGCCUGCGUUUCUCCCAGACCCCAACGACGGCAGUCUGUACUCUCUCGGAGGGAAGAACAACGAGGGUCUGACGAAACUGCCGUUCACCAUUCCUGAGCUGGUCCAGGCAUCGCCCUGCCGCAGUUCUGAUGGCAUCUUAUACAUGGGUAAGAAGCAGGACGUGUGGUAUGUGGUGGAUCUGUUGACCGGUGAGAAGCAGCAAACGCUGACCUCCUCCUAUGCUGAGAUGUUCUGUCCAUCUUCAUCUCUGCUGUACCUCGGACGCACAGAAUACACCAUCACGAUGUACGACACCAAGAGCCGAGAGCUUCGCUGGAACGCCACGUACUCCGACUACGCCUACACCCUUCCAGACGACGACACCAAAUACAGUAUGGCCCACUUCGUGUCCAACGGGGACGGGCUGGUGGUGACGGUGGACAGCGAGUCCGGGGACGUGCAGUGGGUUCAGAACUAUAACUCUCCUGUGGUGGCCAUCUACAUCUGGCAGCGCGAGGGCCUUCGCAAGGUCACACACACCAACGUGGCCGUCGAAACCCUGCGCUACCUCACGUUCAUGUCAGGAGAGGUGGGCCGCAUUACCCAGUGGACGUACCCGUUCCCCCGCGAGAAGAAAACCAAAGAUAAACUCCUGUCCACGUUGUAUGUGGGGAAACACUCCACUGGUCUGUACGCGUCCCCCUCACUGGUGCAUGAUGGAGUUACUGUUGUGCCCCGUGGCAGGACGUUUCCCAUGCUGGAGGGUCCCAGUAACCAGGACUCGAGUAUGGAAGAUGACCAGGAGUGUGUGAUCACUCCCAGCACAACAGUGAAGUUCAGCGCAGCGCUCAGAGAGAGGAACCGCAUCAACUUCAUGAGGAACUCUCUCCUGCUGAUAGGUCACCACGAGACGCCACCUGAUGCUCAGAACAAGAUCCUGGAGAAGUUUCCGGAGAACAUCCCUCGCCAGCACGUUAACAUCAUCCCUCCGGCCACAGAGAAGACCAUGGAAGAGAAAGUGAAUGAGAGCGGGAUGGAGGACAACAGUCCGCUGCGUCCGCCGGUGUCGGCCCUGCAGGAGAAGUCCGGCCGUGUCCCGCGCGUGGAGACGCCAGUGGACUCCAUGCUGAAGGACAUGGCCACCAUCAUCUUCUGCACCUUCCUCCUGGCCGGCUGGGUGGCCUUCAUCAUCACCUAUCCCAAGAAUGUGCAGAAGCAGCAGCAGCUCCAGCACCAGCAGUUCCAGGCUCAGAUGGAGGAGAAGCUGGAGUUGCUCCAGCGGCAGCAUCUGGUGUUCCAGCCGCCCGCAGACUCGGAGUUCCUGGAGCCGGGCCGUCCGCGGUGCGAGAGCUCGUCCCACAGCAGCCCCAACGUCACCCCGCGCGCCUCCAACCACUCCAGCGCCUCCCAGCCCGAGGCGGGACACUCCGCCAGCGAGCACGACGACCCCGAGGAAGAGUCCAGCAUGGUGCGCAUCGGGAACAUCCGAUUCAGCCCCAGAGAUGUGCUUGGACACGGCGCCGAGGGGACUAUCGUGUACAGGGGUCAGUUUGACAACCGUCCCGUGGCUGUGAAGAGGAUUCUCCCAGAAUGCUUCAGUUUUGCUGAUCGAGAGGUUCAGCUUCUGCGGGAGUCGGACGAGCACCCGAACGUGAUCCGCUACUUCUGCACCGAGAGAGACCGCCAGUUCCAGUACAUCGCCAUAGAGCUGUGCAGACACACACUGCAGGAGUAUGUGGAGCGCAAGGAUUUUGACCGGCAUGGAUUGGAGCCAGUGACGCUGCUAGAGCAAACCAUGUCUGGGCUGUCUCAUCUACAUUCCCUUAAUAUAGUCCACCGGGAUCUGAAGCCGCACAACAUCCUGGUGUCGAUGCCGAACACACACGGGCGUGCGAAGGCCAUGAUCUCGGACUUCGGGCUGUGUAAGAAGCUGGCGGUGGGCCGGCACAGCUUCAGCAGGAAGUCAGGCGUCCCGGGAACCGAGGGCUGGAUCGCUCCCGAGGUGCUCAGUGAGGACGCCAAGCACAACCCGACCUGCAUGGUGGACAUCUUCUCUGCAGGAUGUGUGUUUUACUAUGUGCUUUCUGAAGGCCAACACCCGUUCGGGAAGUCCUUGCAGCGACAGGCAAACAUUCUGCUGGGGGCCUAUUCCCUCGACCUCUUACAGCCCGACACACACGAGGGUAUUGUGUGCCGGAACCUGAUCGAGCAGAUGUUGAGCAACGAUCCGGAGAAGAGGCCCUCGUCCGAGCGAGUGCUGAAACACCCCUUCUUCUGGAGUCUGGAGAAACAGCUGCACUUCUUCCAGGAUGUGAGCGAUAGGAUCGAGAAGGAGCCGUUAGAUGGACCAAUCGUGAGGCAGCUGGAGAGAGGAGGGCGGGUCGUGGUCAAAGCUGAUUGGAGGGAUCAUAUCACAGUUCCUCUACAGACCGAUCUGCGCAGAUUUCGCUCGUACAAAGGCGGAUCGGUCCGAGAUCUGUUACGUGCCAUGAGGAAUAAGAAACACCAUUACCGAGAGUUACCCAAGGAAGUCCAGGAAACGCUGGGAUCCAUUCCAGAUGAGUUUGUCUCCUACUUCACCUCCAGAUUCCCUCUUCUUCUGCUACACACACAUCUGGCCAUGCGUUCCUGUGCAGCGGAGCGACUGUUCCUGCCUUACUAUCACUCUUCAGAACUUGCUCAGACCCUGCCCACUCAGACUCUGCCCACAGAGACCCCGCCCACAACGACCCUACCAACAGAGACUCCUCACACUCAGACCCUGCCCACAGAGACUCCUCCCACAGAGACCCUGCCCACACUGACUCCUCCCACAAAAACCCUGCCCACUCAGACCCAGCCAACAGAGUCUCCUCCCACUCUAACCCCUCCCACACAGACUCUUCCAACAGAGACUCCUCCCACAGAGAGGUUAAAUUUAACCCCUCCCACACAGACUCUGCCAACAGAGACUCCGCCCACUCAGCCUGAGCUCAGCACAGUGAUGCUCAUACAGACAGACCCACAGGAGGCUGUAGAUCUGUAGAGUCACAUGACCGGUUCACAGAUGUUCCUGGGAUGAGUGUGUGUGUGUGCGCGCGCGGUCUGGGCCUGCAGUGUCUGGGCUGUGUCUCGCAGAGGACGCCAUCGCAUCUUUCAGUGCCUUACAUGUGUUCGAGAUCAUCGCUGGAGGAGGAAAAACCCUGUAGUCAUUCCUUCCUUCCUUCUGUGGAGCGAUUGUGUUGUUGUGGAACACUUGAAGUGAACGCAAGAAAUUCUACUGUGCAAUGUUGAGAGAGAACGUGUUAUUGAAUAUAUAUUUUUGUACAUAUUUGGAUCAUUGAUAAUCGGUUGAAGUGGCCAUUGAUUGUGCCUUUUUUUUUAAACGACACGGUGUCUUGGUUCUGAAGAGAGUCUAACGUGUGUGAUUUCUGCUUUAUGCUUUUGCUGCUGAGAGAUGUUAAAGGAAUAAUUCUAGUUUCCAUACAGCCCCAAAAUGACCAAACAUAAUCAUAGAAGUUGUGUGUUCUGAAGAUCGCUUCCAGAUUGAAGCCAUUAUUCACUGCUAUCGUUUGGCUUCAGGAAACUUUAAAUACAGUUCGCUACUAUUGUAUGAUCCCACUGGUCUGAAACUAUAAGUUUGAUUUUUGGGUGAGCUGUUCCUUCAAUGUCUCGAACAUAAAACCAACUGUAUGACAUUACAGGUAUUACGCUUUCAAAAGUUCUGGAUGUAUUUUCAUGACAAUCUUAGUUAUUGUUAUCCUGCUCAUAACUUCAGUCAUCCACUUUAAUAUGUUGGCCAUUUUUAACAAAACAUGUUGAACUAUGAAUUCAUUCCCUUGGAUUCUGGAUAGUGCGGAUGCAUUUUUUUUUUUAGCGUUCAGGUGAUUUUCUUAAAUAAUGGAGAAUAAUUGAACUAUUUUUCUUGGUUUUAGUGGACUCCUGAUUUAAAAAACUGUGGGCUUUCUGUUAGGAAAUGCCAGGAAAGACUUUAUUUAGUGUCCCAGUGCUAUGAAGGCGUCUCUCCUGCAGAUGUGCAGUGCAUAUAUACGGCAUGGUGACAUGAAAUGCUGAACUGAAAUAUUGCAGAUGGAGCUUUUAUAACGUUACAUGUUUUUUUAAUGUUCAGUAUAUAUUUUUAAAUGGCACAUUUUAAAGGGGAAAUGAUUCAAAUGCAAUGCCUUUUCACAUGUAGUGUUAAUAAAAGCUGCUAUUGUGCAAAGCCA